CUUUAAAUGGAGAUUUUGACCUGAAUCUUGUCCAAUCUGGCAACCCUGAGCGGCCACCGGAGCGCGCGCCUGCGCUGCAUUAACGGUGUGUGUGUCUCAGUUCUCUGUCCUAAAGCUUGUAGCUCUUUAAGUUUAAUUUCCACGCAGUGUUCAGGAGAAACAGAGGGAGAAAUAACCGAGCUAUUUACCCGGUUUGUGGAAAUGCAGGUCGCUGAACGCUGCGGUGACAUGGAUGUGAAAGCGCACGCGCCUGGGCCCGGAUCCGUUACAGAAAACGGACACAAGCGCAAAUCCCGCAGCAGAAGAGGUAGGAGGAGGAGGGGGAAGAGACGGAGGGGCAAAAAAGCCAACGAGCCACCGCCGUUUCUGCCCCCGGAGGCCGAGGAGGGAAAUAUUGAGUACAAGCUGAAGCUGGUGAACCCAACGCAGUACCGCUUCGAGCACUUGGCAACGCAGCUGAAGUGGCGGCUGCAGGAGGGCCGAGGGGAGGCCGUCUACCAGAUUGGCGUUGAGGACAAUGGCCUUCUGGUGGGACUCACUGAUAACGACAUGAAGGCCUCCAUAAACACCCUGCGCAGGAUGGCUGAGAAGGUCGGUGCAGAUAUCACACUCUUGAGAGAGCGGGAAGUGGAUUAUGAGUCGGACAAACCCCGGAAAAUCGCAGAGGUCCUCGUGAGGAAAGUUCCAGAUAACCAGCAGUUUCUGGACCUGCGUGUGGCCGUGCUGGGGAACGUUGACUCGGGGAAGUCCACUCUCCUGGGCGUCCUGACGCAGGGUGAGCUGGAUAACGGACGAGGUCGGGCUCGUCUCAACCUUUUCCGGCACCUGCACGAAAUCCAGACGGGCCGCACGUCCAGCAUCAGCUUCGAGAUCCUCGGUUUUAACAGCAAAGGGGAGGUGGUGAAUUACAGCGAGUCACGCACGGCAGAGGAAAUCUGCGAGAGCUCGUCUAAGAUGAUCACCUUCAUCGAUCUGGCCGGCCACCACAAGUACUUAAAGACCACCAUCUUCGGCCUGACCAGCUACUGCCCCGAUUUCGCCAUGCUGGUGGUGGGUGCAAACACGGGCAUCGCGGGCACCACGCGGGAGCACCUGGGUCUGGCUCUGGCGCUGAAGGUGCCCGUGUUUGUGGUGGUCAGUAAGGUGGACGUGUGUGUGGGCGGCGCUGUGCAGAAGACCGUGCGGCAGUUAGAGAGGCUGCUCAAGCUGCCCGGCUGCAACAAGGUUCCCAUGCUGAUCUCCAACCGCGAUGACGCCGUCACCGCUGCCCAGCGCUUCGCCCAGUCCUCCAGCAUCACGCCGAUCUUCACACUGUCGAGUGUUUCUGGGGAGAACCUGGAUCUGCUGAAGGUUUUCUUCAACAUCCUGCCCCCCCUCAGCAACAGCAAAGAGCAGGAGGAGCUCAUGCAGCAGCUCACCGAGUUCCAGGUUGACGAGAUCUACAGUGUGCCUGAUGUAGGAACAGUUGUCGGGGGAACACUCUACAGCGGUGUGUGUCGUGAGGGAGACCGCUUGGUGGUGGGGCCUACAGAUGAGGGGAAGUUCUUGCGGUUGAAGGUGUGCAGCAUGCAGAGGAACCGCUCGGCCUGCAGGGUUCUCCGAGCCGGACAGGCGGCUACGCUGGCACUCGGCAACUUCGACCGCUCGCUACUGCGCAAGGGCAUGGUGAUGGUGAGUCCUAAGAUGAACCCCACUAUCUGCUGGCAGUUUGAGGCAGCCAUCGUGCUGCUGUUCCACGCCAAGACAUUCCGCAGUGGCUUCCAGGUCACGGUCCAUGUCGGAAAUGUUCGGCAGACGGCCACGGUGGAGUGCUUACUCGGCAAGGAGGAGCUGCGCACCGGCGAGAGGGCCGUAGUGUGCUUCCGCUUCCUGAAGCACCCCGAGUACCUGCGCAUUGGAGCAAAGCUACUGUUCAGAGAGGGCGUGACCAAGGGCAUCGGUCAUGUGACCCACCUGGUGCCAUCUGGUCAGAACAGCGCACAUGACCAGAACCACAAACCACACCAGAACCACAACUAGAGAGCGAGAGCGAGAGUGAGAGAGAGAGAGAGAGAGAGAGAGAGAGAGAGAGCACUAUGUGGGGAGGCGGGUCGAUAUAAACAUUUAUGUGACACCUAUUUAAACAGCGUCUACGCUGAUGUCAGCCAGUAGGACAUGGUUUGGGGCGGGGUUUGAGGCGGGGUUUCCCGUUCAGGUGAAAAAAAUGUCUUUAGCUACAAACCCACUUACAACAAACAACAAAAUUUUCUAAUGCUAAAAUUCCUAGUGAAUUCACACCCCUGCCUGCUCACUUCUGAUUGGCUGACAGGUGCCUGUGACUUUCUUAUAUCGGAACGCCUCUAAUGCAGACGUGGUGAAAUAUUUUAAUCUAAAUGUAUGCCCUCGAUACUAUGUAAUAAUGUUGAAAUGUAACCAUGACGACGAGCUUAAAUUACGGUUUUGGCUGUAGGCGUAUAUUUACUCUUCGCUCCUGCUUUUGCUGUUGCGCAGCUAAACAAAAAUUUACAAUGACGUCGAUUUACACAGCGAGGAAUUCUUUAUAGGCUACUCAGAUACUAACCUCUGAGACAUAGCCAUAACAACAAUCGUAUAACGGUAGUUUUUAGAGAUGAACUAGAGAGAUAGCUAAAAAAAUGAGUUAUUUUCAUUUCGUUCAUUUAUAAGGAGGCAUAACAUACACAACCCCAUGAGGGAGAAGGCUAAAGUGUGUGGUUUGGGACACACCCACAGUGGCCUAAUUCCCCAAUAUGGUGUCUACUAUCCUAUAAUGUGAAUAGAGUGUGAGGUUACUAUGUGGGAUGUAUCCAUAGUAACCUGAUUCUCCUUUAUGGCAUUAACAUGACCUAAAUAGUGAAUAGAUUGCAUGUAGUUUAGGACACAUCCACAAUGGCCUAAUUAGGGUGUACGGGUUGGGACACGUCCACAGUGGUCUAAUUCUCCACUGUGGUGUUUGUUUGCCCUAUAUAGUGAGUUAUGGUGUGUGCUUUGGGACAUGACCACAGUAGGAUGAUGGUCAGAUGUUUGUGACAGUAUGUGUCUGGCCUGUAUACUGAAUAGUGUGUGUGGUUUGGGACAUGACCACAGUGGCCUGAUUCUCUGUUUAUCAGAAUCAGAAUCCACUUGAGCGUACAAGGAAUUUGUUGCCGGUUUAAAGUGAUCCUACAGUGCACAUUUGCACACAUACAAACGCUACACUAAAGCACUGAACAUGAACAAGACAUUUAGUAAUACAAACACCAAAUGACAGCUACCACAUGACAGUUUACAGUGCAAACAUAACACAAUCUUAAUGACCACUCACACAGAACAGUUAACACACUGGCACAUGACAGUAAAGUGAUAUUACAAUGCAGUGACCAGUUUGUUAGAAAAAAGGAUAUGUUGCUGUUGCUGUUGUUGUUGUUCUUCUUCUGGCUGCUCCUGUGAGGGGUCGCCACAGUGGAUCAUUGGUCCGAGUUUUAAACAGCGUCUACGCUGAUGUCAGCCAAUAGGACAUGGUUUGAGGCGGGGUUUGAUUUGGCACAGUUUUUAACACCGGAUGCCCUUCCUGAUGCAACCCUCCCCACUUUUUUCCCGGCUUGGGACCAGCACUGUCGUGUGCAACCCAGUGGCUGGAGUUGGUUCCCUGGCCAGGAAUCGAACCCAGGCCGUGGCAGAGAGAGCGCUGAAGCCUAACCACUAGUCCUCCAGGGACCCUAGAAAACAUAUAUGUAUUGCAUAGUAAAUAAAUAUAUUGCACAUGUUAUUGGUAUUGCACGAAAAGGGAAAAAAGGUAUAGUGUAAAUGUUAAAAAUCAAGAAUGAAUUGAGGUUUAUAGGAUGGUGUUUAUAAUCUGUGUAGCCACUGGGAUAAACUAUUCUGGAAGUUCUUGUCCCGAUUAGUCUGUAGCGCCUACCAGAGGGUAGGAGUCUGAACAGGUUGUGUGGGGGAUGUGAGGGGUCCCUUAUGAGUCUCCCAGCCUGUUUCUUGACAUGGGACAUGUACAGGUCCUGGAUGGAGGGCAGGUUGGUCCCGAUGAUGCACUCUGCCGACCUUACAACCCUUUGACGUCUGCGCUUUCCCAGUUGGGUGACAGAGCUGAACCAGCUGGUAACUGAUGAGCACAGUGUGGGCUCAGUGGUAGAGAAUUGGCACAGCAGCUCCUUGGGCAGGUUGUGCUUCCUCGGUUGAUGGAGAAAGUAUAUCCUCUGCUGUGCUUUGUUGGUGAUGUUCCUUUCCCACUUCAAGUCCUUGCAGAUGGUAGUGCUGAGGAACUUGAAAGACCUUGAGUGCUGGACACAGUGUAACCGUGGAUCAUGAGUGGAGGCAGAGGAGUAGGGUCUUUUUUGAAGUCCCCUGUCCUCUCCACUGUCUUGCUGGUGUUUAGCUCCAGGUUGUUGUGUCUGCACCCCAGGGCACCAUAGGGAUCCACCUCCUGCCUGUAUGCAGACUCGUCACCGUCCUGGAUGAGGCCAGUGACUGUGGUGUCAUCGGCAAAUUUCAGGUUCUUGACAAAUGUGUCCCCAGAGGGAACCCCAGGGGAGCACCGGUGCGAGUGCUGGAUGUUAUUUCUCCCAAUGUCACCUGCGGCUCUCUGUUCGGGAGGAAGCUUGUGAUCCAGCUGCAGGUGAGUGUCCCGACCCUGAUGAGUAAGACGCGCAGGAUGUGAGGGAUAAACACAACCUUGUACAGUAACCAUGUCAGUAGAUACAACCUAGAAAUCAUAAUCGCACAUCACAGAGAUUUACUUGUGGUUAGAUUUAAUAGACACACUUUAGAUGUGGAUAUUUAUCAUUUUAUCCUAAUUAUUAUUUCUUCACACAGCAGUGAGUGAUUAGCAGGUCUAAUAAAGCUGGCUGAUGGAGUUACAGUAGAGUUCAGUAUCAAAAAGAGUUCCUCAGUUGUCAGAAACGCAGAACGAGGAAGGUAAAUCUGGCCAAAAUUGAAAAAAAAAAAAAAAUCAUUUAAAAAAUACAAUUCAAAAUACAAUGCAAAAUGUGUCACUUGUACCAAAUAUAAAUUUUAUUUUUGUUGAAGUAUUCCAUGGUCAUGAUAUUUUUUUUUUCUUUUCCAUAGCACUAGUACUAACAUCUCAAAGAUGUUUAAUGUGCAUUUUGGUUAUUAAUUUUGACCCUGAAUGCCGAAUAUUAAAACCACAACCUUGUGACUGAUUGAUCACGUUUUUUGUUUGACUAUUUUUGUCAGAUAUGAUGUAGGAAAAUAAAUAACGAACGCAUGUUUUGCACUUUUUUUAAUUUUUAUUAUGACUAUCAUUUUAUUUUUGGAUGGAUUUACCUUCCAUUUAUGAACGAUUUUUAUAUACCUUCUGGAAUAGAAAGUUGGUCUGUGGACUAAAGUACAUUUCUAGCUUGUUUGUGCCAAGCGAGGACUGUAAGGCUGCUUUCACACUUGACAUUUUACACGCGAUCCUACAAGAUUUCAGAAAAGCGCAGAGUGACGACAAACGCCUUUUUUAUCUCUCGACCAAUCAGAUGGCAGCUCUUUGGACAUAUGAGAUACACAUGGAGCUUGUUAGUGAGUGAAUAUGAGUUUUAAGACAUCUCGGGCCGGUCCCACUUCAACUCCUCUUAAAAGCUCAAACAAGCGGCUUCAGCAUAGUUAAAAUAAAUCUAAUCUUUAAUAAUAAUAGUGACAAUACCAGCUAGCGUUGUUAUGGUUACAGUGUGAGCUGUUUUUUUAAUAUCAGUACAUUACGUGUGAAAGCAGCCUAAGAUAUAGACGUCCUGAACCACAAGUUGUGAAAAAGCCGUUAUUUCGACUUAAUAUCUCAUUAUUUCAGGAUAGUAUUGUUAUUUUAACUUAUUUUAAUGCAUUUCAUAAUUGGUAAAUUAUCAAUUAUUAGAUGUAAAUAUGUGUCAGCUGAAUUUCACUAAAACUAGCUUACUAUCUUGGAAACAGUUAUUAGCAAAUAUUUCAUAAAUUAGUCUUAUUGAUAUACAGUGGUGUUAAAUAUUAAAUUAAUGAGAUAAUUUAAAAUACGAUAUUAUCUAGAAAUUAAUAAUGACAUUUUGUAAAAUAACGAGUUGUCAAAAACCAUUAGUUAUUAAGUCAAAAUAACGAAGUUAAAACGAGGUUAAAGUUUUUUUUUCUAACUUGGACUUCAGGGUGUCUGUAUUAAAUUGUUCGUAUUGUAAAGUCAGGAUGUUUAGCAGAUUUAGCGGACCGAAAUAUUUGUGAACAUUUUCAUGUCAGUUGUUUGCGAUGUGCAUGUUGUGCAUUCGUGCUGUGCUAAUUCCUGAAUUCCUGAGGUUUCGUGCAAUUAAUCAGCAAAAAAAAAAACAAAAACGCGAACUUAUUGUACUUCGUGGUCAACUCCUCAUUUUGCACUCAGUAUUUCUGAUGCUUAUUACUGUGAAGUGUGUAACAUUAAAUUUUUUUUUUUUUUAACAUUUUGUCUUGCGUCCCAUGGCACAGCGUUUGGCUGAUACACUGCAUGCUGUGUGGAAUUCUGGGAUGCGCUCACGACCUGCCGAGAGAUUCCAGAUUUACAAGAAAUCAGUGUCUGUGAAUUGCACUGUACUUAAACGCAACUAGUUUGUAAGUAAUAAAGAAGUGUUUUAUUGUGGA